AUGCCUCUGCUGUUUUUGGAGAGGUUUCCUUGGCCCAGUUUGCAGACCUACACAGCACUGAGUGUAGCUCUGCUCGCUGGCAGCAUCUUCAGUGCCUACACCACUGUCACUGAUCAGGGCUUUGGGACCUUGGACACAGACGAAACACCGGUUCCAUCUGAGGUGGAUCUUGAACAUAUAAGUAAUGAUAUUGGGGACACAGAAUUGGCAACCACAGUGCUGUGGUAUCUUGUCACUGACAGUCUCUUUGUAUGGGUGUUAGUAAACACAUUUUGUUGCUCUCUGAUGCUAAUUGCUAAGAUGAUUCAGUGUGUGGUGUUUGGACCCCUCAGAGUCAGUGAGAAGCAGCACCUGAAAGAUAAAUUCUGGAACUUCAUCUUCUACAAGUUCAUCUUCAUCUUUGGUGUACUGAACGUGCAAACAGUGGAGGAGGUGGUCAUGUGGUGUCUGUGGUUCUCUGCCCUGGUCUUUCUCCACCUCAUGGUCCAGCUCUGCAAAGACCGCUUUGAAUAUCUGUCAUUCUCCCCCUCCACUCCCAUGAACAGCCAUGUGCGAGUGCUGUCUCUGUUGGUCUCCCUGCUGCUGGAGUGCUGCGGUCUGGCUGUGGUCUGUGGUUUGCUGGGAGCUGCUCACGGCUUACACACCCUCUCCUUUAUGGCAGCAGAGUGUCUGCUGGUGACCGUGCGUACAGGCCAUGUCAUCAUGCGAUACUCCAUCCACCUGUGGGAUCUGAACCACCCGGGGACAUGGGAGAGUAAAGGAACAUAUGUCUACUACACUGACUUCAUCAUGGAGUUGGCUAUGCUCUUCCUGGACCUAAUGCAUCACAUUCACAUGCUGCUUUUUGGUAACAUCUGGCUUUCCAUGGCAAGCUUGGUUAUCUUCAUGCAACUGCGUUAUCUCUUCCAUGAGGUACAACGUCGUAUCCGCCGCCACAAGAACUACCUUCGUGUCAUCAACAACAUGGAGGCCAGGUUUGCCAUUGCUACUGCUGAGGAGCUGGCAGCCAAUGAUGAUGACUGUGCCAUCUGCUGGGAUGCCAUGAUGACAGCACGCAAACUACCCUGUGGCCAUCUCUUCCACAACUCCUGUUUGCGUUCCUGGCUAGAGCAGGACACCUCGUGUCCCACUUGUCGGAUGUCCCUAAACAUUAAUGGGGAGGGGGGCCAGGCUGGAGGUGAGCAGCAGGGGGGUGGUUUGGAAGACAACAUGGGCCCUGGAGGAGCUGUGGCAGAUGUCAGACCACAUAUCAACCAACACAACCAUUUCUUCCACUUCGAUGGGUCCCGUAUUGCCAGCUGGCUACCCAGUUUCUCAGUGGAGGUGAUGCACACUACCAAUAUCCUGGGCAUUGCUCAGGCCAACAACUCUCAGCUCAUGGCCAUGGCCCAUCAAAUCCAGGAGAUGUUCCCGCAGGUGCCGUCCUACCUGGUACUGCAGGACCUGCAGCUGACCCGCUCUGUGGAGGUCACUACUGACAACAUCCUGGAGGGACGCAUUCAGGUGCCUUUUCCUGCACAGGCUGCAGAGCAUGCCCCUAUACAAGUCAGCCCCGCCUUAGAGGACCAGGCAGGGCCCAGUGGAGCAGCAGAGCCGGGCCCCAGCGAGCCAGACAACAUGGAGGUCAGAGGCAGUCGCUUCUCCAAGUCAGCCGAGGAGAGGCAGAAGAUGCUAAAGCAGAGGAAAGAGGAGAUGCUCCAGCAGGCACGCAGGAGAUAUCUGAUCAAGAGUCCAGAGGAGCAAGAGGAGGAUUUGCCCAGCCUGGAGGAGGACAGUGUCCCAGAAUUGGACUCAACUAUGCUGAGACGUAGAACCAUGGCAGCUGCUGCAGAGAGACGCAUGCAAAACCAACAAGACCCGGCACCCUGAUACCACAACCAUUCACUGGCACACAGAUUGGCUUAAAAAAUUGCUCCUGGGAGUGUCUACUACACUGUCAUCCUAAGAGGCACCGACAGAGCUAGCUCAACCUUGCCCCAUUCGUUAUACAGUCAGUGGUAUCACAUGAAAAAACACAAGAAUAAUAAUAAUCAUAAUAAUCAAAGCAUUUCAUACAUGGUCUUGCAAAUGGAGUGUAUUAGGCUGCAUAAGUAAGAUUGGUCUCUGUGUGACUGAUUUCAGCAUCAGUUUUCUUGGAGUAUUGUUUAAGUUGAGAGGUGUGAGUCAGGAAGUGCAAGGUUGCAUUGCCCGUAUUUAUCUGCCACACAUCACAACCACCAGCUUCAGUAAAGAUCUGUACCUGCCAUCCUCGGGAUUGGCUGUCAGAAAAGAGCAUGCAUUGCAUUGAGAAGGUGCAAGUCUAUAUUUUUGAGGGGUUUUGAAGGUUCAAGUGAUAGAUUAAGCUAUCUUAGUUAUUCUCUUUUUCUCAGACAUUAAAAAAUGUUUUCAUGGGGGAAAGGUUUAUAUAAUGGAUAAGGAAACUUAACUAAUGUUUUGGCGUGUAUUAUUUUAUGAGGUGAGUUUCAACUGUGAAUUCGGCUUAGACGAUGACAACACAUUCUGUAAUGGUUUUAUUUCUUACCUUGGUAAGAGAAUGUCACUUUAGUAUUUUUCAGCCUUUUUUUGUCAAAUAUGAAUGUACCUAUCAAAUUUAUGCUGCAGACAGUGUUUUAACCCUCACGGGUUGUUGUGUGUUCAGUGUGUGAUUUCUCCCAUUGCAAGCAGUUUGCAUUUUGUUCAUAGUUAACAAGGGGAACAGUGGAGAUGUUAUUCGUUACCUGUCCCCACAGAUUCUUAGUCAACAAAGGGGAUGCAUUACAUUUUGUACAAGAAAAAUGGGUGUUGUUCUUUCUCAUCUUUCCUCGAAUCACCCCCUCCUCCCUUACAGGCAUUUGUUUGAGACAACGAAACACUCUUUUCUACUCUGAGUAACAGCGGGGUAGUUGAUCACCUGGAUCCCUCAUUUAUGAAUUUUAAGGAGUUUCAUUUGUGCUGCCUUAGUUGUUUGGCACUGAGGGCUGCUGAGUGGGAAGAGUGUACAGAGUCAUCCCCGCUCAUAGAUUCCAUCCAACCACCUAUUUUUUAGAUUGUCAGUAAACCAACUCAGAGUCAUGCUUUGUAUUUUUUUUUUUUUUUUUUUUUUUUAGCCUAUGGUGUUACCUAUGUUAACUUUGUCAUAUUCGACUGCUGACAGCAUCCCAUAAAACUGUUAAGAACUGAUCAUUUUGUAACGCUAACAGGCAUAGAGAAAGACUGGUAGCAAGGGUUCAGAGAUAGCUUUAUGCUCAAAGUACCUGGAGAGUCUCUGUAUGUCCCUGCGUCUAAGCGUGGGACAAACUGCCACAUUAAUAUCUCUUAUCUCAACAAUGUACAGAGAAGUGACUGGGCCACUGCAAGCUCUUGUUUGUGCAUUAUCAAACUGAAAAGAAUCUGGCUGGUUUUGCGAGUAUGUAGACAGGCUCAUGUUUGGAGACAGUGUGUAUUGUAAGUGUCCGAUUUCUGUGAUUACAGUUCAAGGGUGGUUUGAGUUAUGCAUGAAUCUAGGACAAGUGCUUUUGUUUCCUUCCACUUUAUCCCAAAGAGCAUCCCACAAGCUUCCACUACAAGCUAAGAUCGUUUGAUUAUUUUUUUUCAUGCUAAUAUUAUUGCUCAAACUCUGUUUCUGACUGUUUUUGUAAGAAGAUGCAUUACAGGAUUUUGAUUUCAGAUUUUCACAUUUGGUCAAAAAGUUAAAAAAAAAAGAAAAAAGGAAUGAGACAUUUUGAAGGCAGUAUUGGAUUUGUUGAGUUACUUAACUUUCAUAUCCAUGACGUUUUCCUAUUCAUGGGUUAUUUUUUGUAACCAUUACAUGGACUGAGCUUUCCUGUAAUUUUGUGCCUAAAUCAAGACUGGUUUCAGUUAUGGAUAAUUUAUGUAAAUAGUGUAGUUUUUUGUAAAAAACAACAACAACAACAAAAAAAGUGUACUAUUAAUACAAAAGACUCAAUAAAGAGAGCUUCUACAGCUUUUUAACGAAA